GUAACCGACGCUUACCAAUGUUUGGCGGUUCUGCUUGAUUAUUUCUUUAAUUCUAUAAUAUUUUCGGAUUAUCUAUAUUAUAUUAAAUAAUUUUAAUCUUAAAUGUGUCAAGUGUAUCAUUCGUAAAUCAUUAAUGAUCCGUUUAAUAUUCGUGAGUUUGAAAAAUUUUCUAACAAUGUUGUAGAAAACGGUGAACUAACCUGAAAGCUUUUGUUUAUUAUCUCAUAUAUUUUUCUCUAUCUCUGUUGUAUUAUACACAUAUUUUAUUAGAAAUAAUUCACAAAAUGCAAAAAUAUUUUAAUCCAUAAUAAUAAGUGUAGAUGAAAUUUAAAAAAAAAUUUACUCGUGAAAAUUAAAGUGAUACUAAUGUGUACCCAAAGUUUUUAAUGAUUAAAUCAAAGUAAUAAAUUAAGAUAAUAUAUAUCUAUGGAAUAUAAUUCAUCGGUCGUCAUAUUUAAUAAUAAGAAAAGUUAUGUGAAUCAUUUAAUGUUAUAUGGAAUCACAGUGUGAUUAAUAGUUCCUGCUGAUGGAAGAAAAAGGAUAAUGAGCGAUUCGGAUGAUACGGACGUCCUACUCCUUAUCCCACCUGAUCUCUUCCUUGUACCAUCAUCCUCUGAUUCUGACAUUAGUACAAAACAGUGUUAUGAAAAAGUAAAUCGUUCUAAUGGAAGAAGAGGAGUUAUCUCAGAGUUAGUUGGUCAUAUGCAAUCAUUAGAGAAUAGAAUUUCUGCUAUUGAAUCUAAAGAUAACAGUUUGGAUAUAUCAUUAUUGAACAAUUCAUUGGAUUCUCAAACACAAGAAAACGGAUAUUUCUAUCAUAAAGAAUCAAGCAGAAGUAAUUUCUCCGUAAGUCAACCAUCCAGUUUGCAGACUAGUCCCAUCAAACCUCGCAAGUCCACCUCAGUUCCUUCUACGCCUAUUAGGUACGUAUCAUCCAAUCGUAUUAAUUCAAAAGAAAAUGAUAUAAGAUCGAAUCAUUAUAUUCUGAAAACUAAUAAUACUAACCAAGUUAAUACUAACGCAUGUAAUCACGAAAAGCAUGAGGUUUUAAAGUCUCAUUCUGAUAAUCACGUGGUACCAUCUGUUUUUUAUCAUCCUGAAAUAAUCCCGCAUGUUGCUGAUAAUUUUAUCAUAAGGGAAUCUUCUUCUGUUUCAAAUGAUAACAAAAGUGCAAAUAAUAUGUACAAUAAAGCAUGUGAUAAAUCAUAUUUAGUACCAUCUACCUCGAAUUUGCUUAGUACAAUAGGAAACCCUGUUGUGGACUCUUCUAAAAAGAUAAUAAACAUGGAAAUUUCUGAAGUCGAUGAAUUAAUUCAAGAAAUGGAGGCUACAGAUUUGGAAUUAUCUAAAAGAAUAAAUGGUGCUAAUUCAUAUCAAUGUAAUCAGAAAAAGUUGGAUUCUUUUCUUCAAAAACAAACUAUUAAUCAAGGCAAUAAUGAAAAUGAGCCUACUUCGAUGAUUUCUAAAAAUCGAGGAAUUCAUGCUUAUACUGAUAUAUCAUUAACGACCUGUCCAAAUAGUUUAUUUCAAUUAGAUGAAACUGAUAAAUUAAUUUCUGAUUUUAAACAAUGGGAAGAAAGAAUUCGUCAAACGGUUCCUGAUAAGAGUCAUAAUCAUCAAAAUACAAAUGAUAAUUCUGCUAAUAAUAUAGAAUUAUUACAUAAUAAGAAAACUACUGACAUUGUCACAUCUAUGCCAGAAUCAAAUCAAAUUAGAUUUAAGAGAAAUGAAAUAGGUGGUACUAAUGCAAAGGAAAUCCAAGAAAAUGUAACAAGCGUUUUAGAAAAUUCUGAAGGGAUGCAUAAUAGUAAUGGACAAAAUAAAUAUACAAUAGUUCCUGAUGUUACAGAGACUAAAUCUGAACUUUUAACAAAUAUUUGUACAAAAUCACUUUAUACCAGUAGUUUACAAGAUAUUGUCAAAGAUACAGAACCUUCAUUGAGGCCACAAAAAUUAUUAUCUUUAUCAGACUUUUGGGAUACUAAUACCAAUAAAUCACAAGGAGAAAUGAUUAGAAUUAAAUUAGAAGAAGAAAAAUUUCGAAGAGAGCAUUGCGAGAUAUUAAUUCAGGAACUUCAAAAACGUUUAUUGGAACAUCAAGAAAAGCUCGCAGUUGCUGUUAGAGUAGAUUAUGAAAAGGAUGUAUUAAUUUCACAAUUUAACAAUGCAUGGUCGAAAAUAAAACAACGCGUUCAGAUAUUGGAAAGAGAACGGGAUGAUUUAGAAAAGAAUCUUCAUAAUAUUAAUGAAAAGCAUCAAUCUGAAAUAAAUGAAUUUCAAUCGCAAAUAAAACGUUGCGAGGGAGAAUUAUCGAAGGCUUUAGAUCUCGCGGCUGGUUAUAAAGAGAAAAGUGAUAGUUUGAUGAAAGAAAAAAUUGAUUUGUUAAAAGUUCAUGCGGAUGAAUUAGAAAAUUCUAAAUCAUUGAUUCAGGAAACAGAAAAUAGAUAUCAACAAAUUAAAGGGGAAUAUAAUAAAUUAAUUGAAACCAAUCGUCAAACUGAUGAAAGUUUAAAGAAUAUACAACAGGAAUUAAAUAGGGAACGUUUACGAGGUAACGAAGUGAAAAAUGAAAUGAGCGUAAUACAUAAAGCGUUAGAUACUUGCGAAGCAGAAUUGACAAUACUUAAACAAGAAAAGGAAAAUUUACAGCUUAAAAUUAAAGAAGAAAUUAAUAGAAAUAAUAUUCUAGAACAGAAGAACGUUUUUUUACUUAAUUCUUUGGACGAUGCAAAAAAAGCAGAAAGAUUAGCGAAGGAAGAAAAGAAAUCAUUGGAGGAACAACAGGUAAAAAUGAGAAGCGAAUUACAAGAGGUCUAUCAAAAACAAGUCGAUGAAGUAGUAAAAGCAAAGUUACAAGAGUUUCAAACGCAAUUAGAUUCGGCUGAAUUAGAAUUCGUUGAAGAAUUAAAAUCAAGACAACAAGUUAUAGCCGAAUGUGCUGCAAGAAAAAUCAAAGAAAUUAUCGAUAAACAUCGAUUAGAAAUUAAUUUAUUAGAAGAAAAGCACAAAGAAGAGAAACGAUUGUGCGAGUUGCAAUUGGCACAAGCGGUACAAAAGUCAUCCUUAUUAGAAAUGCAUUUGAAUUCUCAACGUGCCAAUAAAUCUCAAUUGGCAGAACAAUUGCAUUCGGUUAUGCAAAAACAAUGGCAACAAGCGUUACAUAUAAUAUCAGGUGGUAAUAUCGAGAAUCUGUCACCAUUAGAAAGAUUAACGGCGGAGAAAUUUUUCGAGAGCAAAAUACCUAAAGAAUCUGUAUCAAAUUGUCAAAUAAAAAUUUCACAGGAACCGCCGUCGACAACACCGACGUCGUCAUCCAGAAUUCAAAACAUUCAGAAUGAUCGUAAUCGUAAUGAAAAUUUGAUCGAUAUUCCAUUGUCAAAUAAAAAAGAUUCGAAAGAAGAUCUUCGAAAAUAUAUCAAACUUAUUGCCGAAAUGCAAGAACCUAAAGAGGAAUAUACGAAUUUUUUCGAAAGCAUAUCGAGCCCACAAAUUUGUCGUGAAGUUCCACGAAAGCAUUAUACGAAGAAAGAAUUAAGUAUAACGAACGAAGAUAGUAUUUUAUUGCAGGCAACCUCGGAGGGUUCGGCACACGAUUGCAGCGAAUAUAUACCUGUACCACAAAAGUUCAACAGUAAGAUUGAGCAACAAAGAAAUAAGCCACCAUGGAAAUGAUGUUCGAUGCGGGAACACAUAAUCGAUAAUAAUUCGGGCAUAGAUGAAGUCGAUCAUACAAGAGUAUGGCUUCGGUGCAGUAUAAUUAACUAGCAAUAAUUAUAAAA